CCACAGGGACAAGUCAAGUUGUCGAGUGAAGUUGACACAGGUUUCAAUACUAUAGUACUGUACUAACAUUAGUUUUUUAUAUUCGAACCCUCAAAACUCGACAUCUUUUGCAGUAUCCAGUAUUUUCAAUUUGUUAAAUCCACAUCAAUUAUAAUUAUUGGAAUGCACUGUUGUUAUAUUAUCCUCAAUAUAAUCAAUACUUAUAAAUUAUCAUUAUUCAAUAUUGUGUGUUAAAAAUUAUUAAAUAUAUUCUACGACUUAUGAGAGCACAUUAUACAAGUCAUCUAUAUUAACACAAGGAUAUAAAGAUACCCACCAAAUACAAUUUAAUGAGUUACAAGAUUCUCUAAAAAUAAUUAUACAACCAAAAUAAAAUUAUAAGUUACAUGGAAAAAAUUAUUCAAAUAAUAAUAAGUUGCAAAUUGAUAAUUCAAUUUGGAUCAUUGAAGAAUAUUUAACAAUGCUCCACAAAGUUAUGAAAUUUAAUUUGAACAAAAUCUAUUUUGUACAAAAUGUUUAUCAAAAAUGUUGUUAUUGUGCGACAUUUAGUAUAAAUAAUGAUAUAGUAACAUUUUUUCAACAAAAUUUAGGUUUACCUGAAAAUGAAGUCCAGAGAAUUUUUAGAAAGUAUCCAUCGUUUUACAAUGAUUCAUAUUCUACACUGUCGGAUAACUUUUCUUUAUUGACGAGUUUUGGGUUCUCCAAAGACGAUAUUCUCAAAAAAAUUCAAAUAUUAACACUUCAUUCAAUCACCAUUAAAAAUUAUGCUAUGCUUUUAGAAGAAGGAGGUUUUGUUAAGAAUAAAAUUGAUUCAAAAGCAAUAUUAAGAUUUAAAUUUAUAUCAAAAAAGUCUAUUCAGUCAUUAAAAAAUGAAAACUUCAUCCAGAAACAUAUUGAUGUUGGACAGCAUAUAUUAUCAUUUAUUAAGUUUCCAAUCGAAUUAUAUCCAAAGAAUUGUGAUGAGUCUCUUUCUUGGAAUCAAGUUCAGAAAAAUACAUUCAAAUUAUAUGUUGGAUGGAAAAUUAAAAUGGAUGUAGAAAACAUAAAAUAUGCACAAACUAUUUACCAUAGGCUAUAUAAUAAAAGUUACAGACUUAUGGAUAGAAGUAUUGAUAUUUUACUUAAAGAAUUUAAUUUUAGUGAAGAAAAGAUCAGAAGACAUUCUUAUUUAAUACACAGUGAUCCUGAUAACACACAAGCAAUUUUAGAUAAUUUUCAAAAUCUUUGUGGUAUGGAUGUAAAAUUAAUUUUAAGUAAGCAUCCAAAAAUAAUUCUUACCCCGUGGAAAACAAUUGGACAGAUUAGAAAACAUUUUGAGGAUUUUGGAAUUCCAGAGUCUUCAUUGGCUAAAGCACCAGAAAUCUAUACAUUAGGAAGUAAUACUAUUUAUGAAAGAUUAUGUAAAUUAAAAGAAACACCAGAGUUGGCAUCAUUUAUAAACAAUCCACAAGUUGCUAGACUCAUUUACUACUAUACAAAAGUAAAUUCACGUUUAACAUACUUACAAAGCAAAAAUUGUAUCUCAUUAAAUUUAUUGGUUACAAACAAUUUUUCAUUUAACAGAUUUAAUUGCAACGGUAACGACAAAGGGAAAACUAAUGAUAUAAUGAUUUAUUUAACAAAAGAAUUGGGAGAAGACAAAAAAAUGUUACGUACAUUAUUAGAACGUCAUCCUUAUUGGCAGUAUAUUUCUUUGUUAACAAUACGAAAAACUUAUGAGUUCCUUAAAAUGAAAAAUGUCACCAAAGACCAGUUAUGCCAUUGCUUGCAGAUUUUAUUGUAUCCAGUGGAUAAAAUUGAAGAUGCAUUGGUGUCCACUGAAAACAUGAAGAAUGUCUCCUAUCUACGGAAUUUGUCUGGAUCUAUCAAAACUAAAUAUUUAUUACCACUAGUACUGUACAAUUUAGAAAAAGAAUAUCAUUUCUCAGGUGAUGGUGUUUGGAAUACAAACGAACAAACUAAAAAAAUUCCAUUGUCAAAUUCUCCUAUAGUCACAUUUGACGAUACAGAAGAAUUAGAUCAUGAACCAUCAACAAAAUUACUUGGAUAGAUUUUAUGGUUAAUUUAAAAUGUGUUUAAAUUAAUCAAGUUAGAUAAUAAAUAAUAAAUCUAAAUAAGAUUACAUGACAAAUUGCCAACAUAUAACGUGUUAACUUAUUUUUUAGAUUGUUGCACAUAAUAUUAAUUAGUUGAAAGUCACAACACUUAAUGACAAUUUAUAAAUUAGUUAAUUUCCUUGACCUUACAUUUAAUCAAUCUUUAUCAAUUUACUCAUAUGGUAAUUUUUAAUUCAAAUACAAGUAUAAAAUUUAAGUAUACCUAAAUUCAUAAUAUAUUUAAUCCGGAAUUCAAGAAUUUCUUAUAAUCAUACAUUUUAAAAUUAACUUAUAAUUUACCUGGUAUACAUGUUAAAUUAUUGCAACAUUAAAAAUUCCUAAUUAAGCACAUAUUAAAAAAUAACUUAAGUAAUAUAAUUUUUAGAAUUUUAAAUUAUAACUUAUAAGUAUUAUGAUUGUAGCUAUGAAACUGUAAACUGUCUUUCUCACAAAAACGUAUGUACACUUUCCUAUACACAAGAACAUCUCAAUCAACAUUAUUAUCACUAUUUUUAAGCCACUCAAAAUUAUAUAAUAAGAGUUUAUACGCGUACUACUUGACUAUUCUAUAGACCUAAGGUUGGAUGUAUUUUAAUUUAUUAACAAAUUUAACUCAAGGUAAAAAAAUAGUGGGCAAGUGGGUAACGUUCUGAUGUACAUAAGGUAUUCUUACUUCUAGAGAAGUCACUGUAAUGGGCGUGAUACAAUUGAAUUAAAUGAUAUCAAAACAUUGUAUAUGAAAAAUGAUUCUGACUGAAGACAGUCUGUUAUAUUAUUACUAAGUAUAUUCUAUGAUAUUAUUGUGAUUAAAGUAAUUUAUUUUACUAUUAGGUAUUAGUACUACAGUAGGUUAAAUUAAUUUUUGCCAAUAAAUUGCAUUUGAUAAUGUCAUUGAGUGUAUAAAAUAUAAUAAUAUAUUUUAAAAGUUUCAAGUACCCAAGAAUA